ACUACGGAGUGUUAUCUUCUGGCUGUAAUGGCACAUGAUCGGUAUGUUGCCAUCUGUAACCCACUGCGCUACACAGUCCUCAUGUCCAGAAAGGUCUGYRUUAUUAUGUUGUCUGGGUCAUAUGUGGCUGGAUUUUUAAAUUCACUGAUACUCACAGGAUCUGCACUGAGAAUGACCUUCUGUGGUCCCAACRUCAUUGAUCAUUUCUUCUGCGAUGGGCCCCCACUGAUAAAACUGUCCUGCACUGACACUCACCUCAAUCUAGUGCUGGUGUUUGUUUUUGCAGGGUUCAAUGAGGUCACCACUACYUCAGUYGUCCUYGUCUCCUACUGCUGUAUCCUAUCCACUAUUCUGAGGAUACAUUCUGCARAGAGCAGGAGCAAAGMCUUYARUACSUGUGCCUCCCACCUGACAGUUGUCASCAUCUUCUAUGGGUCUCUUAUUUUCAUGUACCUGCGACCCAGCUCCAGCUACAGUUUGGGCAGGGACAAAAUCAUUUCUGUUUUUUAUGUGGUGGUGACUCCRAUGCUGAACCCUCUCAUCUACAGUCUGAGGAACAAGGAGGUGAAGGAUGCGCUGAAGAGAGCAAAGGAGAGAAGAAUUGCUUCACAGCAAAAGGACUAA